AGCCUUGCGUCACAUCCGGCCCAGGAAGCGCAAUUCCGGAAGGGGCUGAGCUGUGGUGGCGGCGGUUUCUGUCCUGUUCUCCUGAGUACUGCUUCUUCCCUGCUGGAGCGCCUGUAUAGACGGCAGAGCCAUGGUCGAGGAGGUGCAGAAGCAUUCUGUACACACGCUUGUGUUCAGGUCGUUGAAGAGAACCCAUGACAUGUUUGUGGCUGAUAAUGGAAAACCUGUGCCUUUGGAUGAAGAGAGUCACAAACGGAAAAUGGCAAUCAAGCUGCGUAAUGAAUAUGGUCCUGUGUUGCAUAUGCCUACUUCCAAAGAAAAUCUUAAAGAGAAAGUCCCUCAGAAUGCAUCAGAUUCAUAUGGACACAAACAGUAUCCUGCCAAUCAAGGACAAGAAGUUGAAUAUUUGGUGACAGGUACACAUCCGUAUCCACCAGGACCUGGGGUUGCUUUGACAGCAGACACUAAGAUCCAAAGAAUGCCAAGUGAAUCAGCUGCACAGUCCUUAGCUGUGGCAUUACCUGCUUCUCAAGCCAGAGCUGAUGCAAAUCGUCCUGUGCCUGCUGGCGGUGAAUACCGGCACCCUGGGGCUCCUGACCGUGUGCAACCUGCAGGGGCGGUUGUUAUAGAGGGUAGCAAUGCCAAGAACUCUGCACUGAUGGCUAAAAAAGCCCCUACAAUGCCAAAACCCCAGUGGCACCCACCGUGGAAACUCUACAGAGUGAUCAGUGGGCAUCUUGGCUGGGUUCGAUGUAUUGCUGUGGAACCUGGAAAUCAGUGGUUUGUUACUGGAUCUGCUGACAGAACUAUAAAGAUCUGGGACUUGGCUAGUGGCAAGUUGAAACUGUCGUUAACUGGGCACAUAAGCACAGUACGUGGUGUGAUAGUGAGCACGAGGAGCCCGUACCUGUUCUCCUGUGGAGAAGACAAGCAAGUCAAAUGCUGGGAUCUCGAGUAUAAUAAGGUUAUAAGGCACUAUCAUGGACAUCUGAGUGCCGUGUACGGCUUGGAUUUGCACCCAACCAUUGAUGUGCUGGUGACCUGUAGCCGAGACUCAACCGCACGGAUUUGGGAUGUGAGAACUAAAGCCAGUGUACACACAUUGUCUGGACAUACUAACGCAGUGGCUACAGUGAGGUGUCAGGCUGCGGAACCCCAAAUUAUCACUGGAAGCCAUGAUACUACAAUACGAUUAUGGGAUUUGGUGGCUGGAAAAACAAGAGUCACAUUAACAAAUCACAAAAAAUCAGUCAGAGCUGUGGUUUUACAUCCAAGACAUUACACAUUUGCGUCUGGUUCUCCAGAUAACAUAAAACAGUGGAAAUUCCCCGAUGGAAGUUUCAUUCAAAAUCUUUCUGGUCACAAUGCUAUUAUUAACACAUUGACAGUAAAUUCUGAUGGAGUGCUUGUAUCUGGAGCUGACAAUGGCACUAUGCAUCUCUGGGACUGGAGAACUGGCUACAAUUUCCAGAGGGUUCACGCAGCAGUGCAGCCUGGGUCUUUGGACAGUGAGUCGGGAAUAUUUGCUUGUGCUUUUGAUCAGUCUGAAAGUCGAUUACUAACUGCUGAAGCUGAUAAAACCAUAAAAGUAUACAAAGAGGAUGAUACAGCGACAGAAGAAACUCAUCCAGUCAGCUGGAAGCCAGAAAUUAUCAAGAGAAAGAGAUUUUGAUGUGUUCAUUGUGGUUGCAGUUUUUGUUUUUUUGUUUCUUUUUAGCUUGGCCUGGAUGAGAAUAUCCAGUCAUUUGUGCUCUGGCUAGGAAUAUAAAGCAAAAACUCAUGCUUGAAUCAUUGCAUUUUCAUAUUUUACAAUGAACUGUCCUCCCCCAUGUUUUUAUUUCUAAAAUUAACAGUUUGAGAUCCUAGGAAGUAAGAUGUAGAUAUCAAGCAUAUGUGAGUUUUUUGACUAUAACUAUCCUAAACAGAAUGAUUUGCCACUUCAAUUAAAACACACCCCCUUUUUUUAACUUACAAAACUGCUUACUAUAGUGGGACAUGUUUUGAGGGGAGUAAUCUUUGUCUUAAACCCUUAAAUACUGGUAUCUGUGAUUGAUAUUUUGGGAUUAAAGGAUUUUGAAGUCUUA